AUGACCCUUGAGUCCUGUUAUACCCUAUGUGUCAGAGUGCAGCACGAUCAGUGGUUUAGACCCCGUCGCAGACAGCAAAACCAAGCUACUCCCCCUCUGAGUAAUGGUAGCUCACCGCCACCCGCUAGUGCCCAGGUUCCUGACCCACCAUCAGUGCCAGGGCCAGAAGAUGGAGUUAGAGGAAGGAGAAAACUGUCCAAAGACCUCCUGCGCAGAAUAAACACUACAGAAAAGUCUGUGUUUAUCGCUGAUAAAGGUGGGGUGCAGGUGUCCUCAGAACUGCAGAUAGAGGAUGGCAUGAUUCAGCUCUUUGUGGAGAAGGCAGAAAUUCAUGACCUAAAGCUGUUUGUGGAGAACACGGGUCAGGCGGCCGUGUAUUUCACAUACUACACUGCUCUUCACUGGAUUCAGUAUUUCACUCUGGAAGACAGCAGAAGAGUCACACGCAACAAUCCACUCCGUCUGGAGCCAAGUGAGAAAUAUGAGGUGACCUUAAGAUUCAAAGCAGAACAAAUAGGAGUUUAUCCAGCCACUCUGGCAUUUGAGUUCAAGGAAAACACCCAGCCCGCCACCCAUCCUUUCCACAUUGUUCGGUUCAUUCAGGCAGAAUACAGAUCUGAGCUUGCAGCUCUGCUGGGUCCCGAAGAACCAUUCAGACCUAAGAGGCUUGAGACAUAUGAACCUGCGUGGUGCAACAUAGAUGAGGGAGAUCCACCUGAGAGUUCUGCCCGAAACCUUUUGAAGUUUGUGGUGCCACUGGAUUACUACACUCGUCCUUCUUACAUCUCUGACUUAGCAGAGGUCCUAAAAGGCAACCGUUCUUCCCCGAGGCGCCAGGAACAGAAGUCACUGCUGGAGAGUGAUCUGAGUUUUCAUAACUAUAUGGAGCGCUUUGAUUUACUGCUGUACCUAGAGGAGGAUCAAAUGUGUCUGGACAUCAAGAGGUAUGACAAAAAGGAUGUGUCCAUGGUGAAGGACCAUGAGAACAAACGACUACUGGUCUUAGAGGCGAGUGGCAGUGUUUUACUGACUCUCCCUGGCGUAUCAGAGAACAGACCAUCAGUCCUGAGGGGAGAUCAUCUGCUUCUCACCAAGAGUGAGGAGGUCGAACUCUCAACUGUGACCAAAUACAAGGGCUACGUCCACAGAGUAGAACUGGAUCAGGUCAAACUGAACUUCUCUAGAGGGCUGCUUGACAGUUUCAUAGAUAAUAUGAAAUUCCGUGUGGAGUUCACAGUGAAUCGUCUCCCAUUAAGACUGCAACACAGAGCAGUACACAUGGCGGUCCAGCACGAGCUCAGAGAUGUGCUGUUCCCUGUGGGCUCAAGGGACGUAACCCCUGCGUCUCCAACUACACUGAGGCUUUUUGAUCAAAAGCUGGACAAUAACCUUGAACAGAAAACUGCAGUAUGUAACAUUGUAGCCGGUACGUCCAAGCCGGCUCCGUACUUGGUGUUUGGACCUCCUGGCACUGGUAAAACUGUCACGAUAGUGGAAGCCAUCAAACAGGUGGAGAAGAAUAUACCUGAUGCCUAUAUCCUAGCUUGUGCUCCAUCUAACAGUGCAGCUGAUCAACUGUGUGAAAAGUUGAUCACUAGUGAACAUGUUGAUUCACGGAAAAUAUACAGACUUUAUGCUAGUUCACGCAACCCAAAAGUUAUCCCUAAAGUCCUAGAGAAAAACAGUAAUGUGGAGGGAGACCACAUUAUUUUCCCACGUAAAGAGACUCUAGUGUGCUACAAGAUCCUGGUCAGCACUUUGGUCACCGCAGGCAGGCUGGUCAGUGGGGGUUUUCCUGUGGGUCAUUUUUCGCACAUCUUUGUGGAUGAGGCAGGACAUGCUGUGGAGCCAGAGACCAUCAUCAGUGUGGCAGGACUGCUGAAUGCAAAAACUGGACAGCUUGUUUUGGCUGGUGAUCCCAAGCAGCUGGGGCCAAUCUUGAGAUCUCCUUUUGCCAUUAAAUAUGGACUUGGACUUUCCUUGCUAGAGAGGCUGAUGACACAGAAUGAACUUUACCAGAAAGGCACUACAGAAUACGACAGCCGUUAUGUAACCAAACUGCUGCAGAACUACAGGUCUCAUCCAUCCAUUCUGAAGAUUCCUAAUGAGUUGUUCUAUGAUGGGGAGUUGGUGGCAUGUGCAGAUAAGAUCAUCUCCUGCCAGUACUGCACCUGGGAGCACCUGCCAAAAAGUGGAUUUCCUGUGAUUUUCCAUGGAGUGAUUGGAAAGGAUGAGAGAGAGUCAAACAGCCCCUCCUUUUUCAACACUUCUGAAAUUGAUAUCAUGAUCGACUACCUGAAGAAGCUCCUCCUGACACAGGCCAAGAAGGGCAUUGCAAAAAUCUCCCCCAAAGAGAUUGGCAUUAUAGCCCCCUACAGGAAACAGGUGGAGAAGAUCAGGAAGGCCAUCAAGAUGCACAGGGAGCUUAAAUCCUGUUCGGGCAUUGAGGAGCUGAAGGUUGGUUCUGUGGAGGAGUUUCAAGGCCAGGAGAGGAAAGUGAUCAUUGUGUCAACUGUUCGCAGUGACAAGAAACACAUAAUUUUGGAUGAAACAUUCAGCAUUGGGUUUCUGAAGAAUGAGAAGAGAUUCAAUGUGGCAGUGACGAGAGCAAAAUCCCUGCUCAUCAUGGUGGGAAACCCCAUCAUUCUACAGACAGACGCAACCUGGGGCAGAUUUAUUCAUUACUGCAUUGAGAAGGGAGGUUAUACUGGAUAUGAUAUUUCCAAUUUGGAGGAAACAGAGGCGGUUGUUGAGCGCCUGCUCGCUCUAAACAUCCAUGAGGAGACCAUAGUGGCAAAGAUCAUCUCCUCGCUGACUCUGCAAGCAAGAAGCCAAAGAAGGAAGAAGCUGUGA